AGGAGUGCGGACUCAAUCAGUUUGUAUCUUCAAAAUCGACAUGGUUGGAUUUUCAAUUUUCUUUGAGUGCCACCUUUCCCCUCCGUUGAUCGUUUCUCUGGAAACCAACGAUCGUAGUAAACAAAACUGAUGUUGUAUACAAGCUGUCGAAGUCAUCUAACGUAACAGAACGUAACUAGUUCGGUUCAAUCUGAAAUCCAUAACCUUUUUUUCGCUUCUAAUUUAGAAUUAAAUACAAAACUCAGUGCAGCUCUCUUAAUUAUAACAAUAAUCAUCAUUCGUCGUCUUAUAAUGUAUUGUACUGUGAAGGAGUGUAAUAAAAAUAGCCGAAAGGAUAAUACUGUGAGUUUCUACCGCUUUCCUGAGGACCCGAACCUUAAGAGGAAGUGGACAGAUUUCUGUGGCAGUGACAAAACUAUUCGACCAGGUUCUCGCGUUUGUAGUGUAAGUAUAAAAUCAAUUAGCGCAUAAAGUGCUGUAAAAUAUAUGUCAUUUCUUUAAGGAUCAUUUCGAUGAAACUUCGUCUUUCAAGACAAAUCGAUUGGGUAAUCGUGUCAAGCUUUCUAACGCAGUUCCGACAAUCAAAACGCAACCAGAAAAGAAACCUGUUACUACGACAGGAAUGCUACCGCUUUAUCUCUCUCCAUCUCUGCAUGACCACAACUAUGCCGCUUUCGUCCAUAAAAACUCCAAUGCCGGUUCUGAUCAACAUCCCUGCAGCAAAUUCGAAACCUGCAAGCAAGCGAAUCGCAGUGCAAUCAACGAAAAGUACGUUAAACUCAUUUAAGAUAACAAAUCCAAGAACAAAUCUAUAAGAUAACAUAAUUUCACUAUAGUAGGUUAAAAUCAAAAUGGCGGCGAAGGGCUUUACAUUGGAAAAAGAAGUACCUUAAACUUGCAAAGCAUUGGAAGGCCCCAAAGCGCCUCAGAAAAAUUUUCAACGAAGACCAAAUGAAGCUUGCAUUAGGCCACGUUAAGAAAGUAAAAGAAUGGACGACCCCCACAUUGCUCAGAGGCUUGCAGACCAGAUUCGCCUGUGGAAAAGGCUACGAUUUUCUUCGAAAAUACCAUCAGCCUCUUCCCUCGACUCGGACACUUCUUGAACAUAUUCAAGAUGUUCCAUUCGAUACAGGUAAUAUAAAAGCACAUAUAACAUUGCUUAACAGAAUAAUAAAACUAUUUUUUUUUUAAUUUAACAGGGGUUCUUGAUGAAAUAUUACGACUGCUUGAAAGCAAAAUGUCUGCUUUACCCGAUGAUGCAAAAGACUGUGGCCUAUUCUUAGACGAAAUGAGCAUUGACGAGGCGAAGGAACUGUGUCCCAACAAUAAAAAGUGGUAUGGCUGUCCUACUUUACCGCCUUCAGAAGCUCUUGCUACGAAAGGGUUGGUGUUCAUGCUUGGUGGAGUCUCUCAUAGAUGGAAGCAGACAGUAGCUUUCGAGUUUACGGGUAAUUCAAUUCCGGAAGGAUGCCUGAAACCUAUUGUCAUGGAUAUAAUCGUUAAAGCAGAAGAACGUGGCCUUCGAGUACACUUUGUCACUUCGGACUGCGGAAGCGCCAACAAAACUAUGUGGAAAGAAUUUGGAGUACAUGCUGUGAAAACCACGCUGCGCGAUAACUUAUCUAUUGAACACCCAUGUGAUCCUGAUCGUCGUUUGGAAUUCAUUGCAGAUCCUGUUCAUGUUUUCAAAAACUCAGUACAUGGCUGGAUUUCCAACAAAAUCAUUAUACUUCCCGAUUGGUACGUUCAAAAAAGAAGACUAACAUCAAACAUAGUUGAUCGCGAUCAUUUGCGUGCAUUGGUUGAAGAUGAUGAAGCGCGAGAUGAGUCAUCGAAGCUUGUUUGUCGUUUGUCUCAAGCCGACGUGGAUUUCCAGAAUAAACCGCUUUCAAAUGUUGAUAAAAUGAAAGUAUCAAACGCAACCAAAUACUGCAACUACUCUGUUGCAGCAGCACUCUGUGUAGUUGCAGAGAAAACAAAUCGAAUGUGCUUGAAAACAACCGCUGCUUACAUAACAGAUCUUGCCAGGUGGUACGAAAUAAUGAAUUCUCGUGACGAUUCAGAAGCGUUGAAACCAGCCGAAAAUAAUUAUCAAGCGUCAAUAGACCACAUAAAUUUUUUUGCGAAGCUAAUGAGUGAUAUAAAAGUGGGAGAAAAAGGCCAUUGGAAGCCAUGGCAAACGGCGGCCGUAAUGAGUUCGAAUGCAAUUCUCAGGCUCCAAAACUACUUUUUUGAAUCCCUGGAGUAUACUGUACUGUAUACAUCACGAUUUGUACAAGACUGCCUGGAGAACUUAUUCUCGGUCAUUAGAUACAAACAGAAACGUCCAACAGCACUGCAAAUGAAACAACAUUUAAGAUCUAUUACUCUUUCACAAUUCAUGCAUGUCCCGAACAAUAGCUCGUACGACAUUGAUGAGAGGGAGUAUCUUUUAUCGUUGGAGGAUCUGAUCAGAAAGCGACCGAGGCCGGUCGAAGCAGAUGGACCAACUUUACCAAAGCGUGUUCGAGUAGAUUCGAUGUCAGAAGCUCAGGUGAAUGGUGAGCAAUCAAGCAGUUCGCGUCAAACUUUAAGUUCAGCCAGUCAAAUCAUGAGGUCGGCAGAUAGAGCUAAAUUAAAUGUACUCUUCCACCGCUGUACAAAACUGGUUACGAAGUUAGCCAAAAACAAGGAAAUCUGUGAUGACUGCCUUCAAAAAUGUAAAACUUCAACGCCAUUCAACCCAGACAUCGCACGUUAUACAACAUUAAUGAUGAAGAAAUCUGAAGAUUCUCCUAUUUUUCCCACCCAGAAGCUGUUCAUGUACUUCAUUCAGUUGGACGAGAAUUUUACGCAGAUCAGGUCGGAAUCAACGGAACCUGUGACCUACCGUGCAAGCCUACUAAAAUUAUCGCCAAAUUUUACUGAUCACUGUCCAGCGCUGAAAAGAAGUGCAACAAUGUUGGUAGUUCAACAGAGGUUGGAGGCUGAAAGGAUUUGGAAGACCAGGAAAACAAGACAUGACAGCCGUAGUAUGGUGGCAUAGAAUGUAUUCUUGUUUAAAUUAAUAAGAUCUUAAUACAACACUUUAUAAGAAUGAAGAAUCAAAAUUGUGUUUUAUUUAGAAAUAUACAGAUGUCUCGGUUAGCUCCCUCUUAUCGGAAAAUAUAACUGUUUUCUCAGAUGUGGAUGUUUGAAUUUAUCACAUGGAAAUUAUAGCAAAUGUGAGGUUGCAAACAUUUGAGAAGCCACGUAGAGUAUCAUGUAAA